UAUGUCAAGACUUAUGGUGUUGUGACAUAAAAACAAAAUAAAUAAACAAAUUCCUGUACAUUUAUUUCAUGGGAAAGAAUGGACUCUAUGGGAUUUUACGUGAAAUCAAGACAGAAAAUUGUAAAGAAAAACAGAAUAGAACUACGUAACAAAGCAUCGCAAAUUUUUGACCUUCCAGAUUCCGUAUUCACUCAACGUUUUAGAUUAAAUAAGGCUGCUUUUAAAUAUGUUCUACGAGAACUCAAGCAGAAACUCCCGCCAAUUGUUAGAUCAUCAUCUGUUUCAGCAGAACUCAAAUUGGCUGCUUGUUUAAGGUUUCUAGCCAACGGAGGCUAUCAGGAUGGAGUUGGACAGGAUUUUAAUUUUGGAAUGGCACAAUCAACCAUUUCGGUUGUGCUCUCUGAUGUGCUCGCAAUAUUGGAAGAACAAUUGUGCCCCAAAUGGAUAACACUCGCAAUGACCGAUGAGGAGAAACGUGACGCCCGUGUGUAUUUUUAUAGAAAAUGUAAAAUUCCUGGAGUUAUUAUGUGCAUGGAUGGAAUUCAUAUAAAAAUAGUCAAACCAAAUGGAGAAAGUUCACACCAGUUUUUAAAUCAAAAAGGAUUUUUCAGUCUUAAUGCAAUAAUUAUCUGUGAUCACAAACAAAGGAUCAGAUAUGUGGAUGCAAAAUAUCCUGGUUCAACUCAAAAUGCAUUUGUCUGGUCAAACAGUGAGGCCUAUCUUUAUUUUAAGGAAUUAUAUGAAAACGGCGAUUGCUGCACAAGACUGCUUGGAUACGAGGGAUAUCCACUUUCACCGUGGUUGAUAACUCCAUUUAAAGAUGCUUGUGCAGGAACUGCAGAGAGUCGAUUCAAUGAAAGCCACAGCAGUGCGCUUAAUGUCAUUAAACAAACUGUUGGCGCUUGGAGGAAUUGGUGUAGAUGCUUUCUUGGUACUCGACAACUACACUACUCACCGAAAAAAGCAGUACAAAUUAUCAACGUUGCCGCAGCCCUCCAUAACAUCCGAAUACAUUUUAAACUACAUCAAGAUUAUGACCCCGAUUCGCUUGUAGAGGAGGAAGGACCAGAGGAUGAAGUAUUCAACGAGGAAUACCAAACUGAGGAUCCUUACUUCGAAGAAGCUAUUCAGCUUAGAAACGAAUUCCUAUCAAACUUUUGAACAUUUAAAGCAAAUUUUUAUAUUUUUUUAAUUAGUGCAUUAGGUAUUUUAUUUAAGUUCUUAUUUUUAAUUUAUGUAUAUAAUUAAUCAGACUUAUUUUUUAAAAUUAAAUACAAAAAAUAAAUAAAUUCAAUUGCUAUUAAGUUCA